UGGCUCUCUGCGCAUGCGCACUAUUUGACGCAUGCGUUUUGUGACUCGCCGCCUUGGCGUUGAAUCGGGCAGUGACAAGCGCUUGUUUUCACACUUUUACUCAUUUUCUAUUUUUUUUUACGAAACAAUAAUGGAGGAGUUCCACUCCGGAGAUGAGGCUGGAUUCAAUCCUGAUGAUGCAAGUAAUGCAGUUAAAGAGUGUAUCGAGGGUGUAAUUGGAGGUGUGGACUACAGCCAAAAUAAAGUGAACCAGUGGACAGCAAGCAUUGUGGAGCACUCUCUCACUCAGCUGGUUAAACAGGGGAAAGCGUACAAGUACAUCGUUAACUGCACUAUAAUGCAGAAGAGUGGCGCUGGACUCCACACGGCUAACUCCUGUUACUGGGACACCACCACUGACGGAAGCUGCACAGUCAGAUGGGAGAAUCGCACCAUGUAUUGUGUCGUUUGCGUGUUUGCCGUUGCUUUGUGAACCAGAGUCACGCUGCAGCAUGCCAUGAGACCAACACACACAGACACCAGGUGGCAUCAUGAACUUCUUUCAGCCUCAUGAAGCAGAGUGUUGUUACAGCCCUGUGUUGUUGGGCUCAGGAUCGAGCGACUGAGUGAAUUCACCUGACCAGUACUUUAAUAUUGUAUCAUAACCGCUUGUGUUUGCCAUUCAUCAUUUUUAACUCCUAACAUUUUUGUGUAGAUUGUAAGUGCGUAAUGCAGCAGGUAGCAAAAGAGUUUGUUCAGUUUGUUGAGAUAAAAUUCAGUGUUGUGUAACCGAGCACAUGAAAUGAAUAACUUGAUAACACAUGACUAGAAAAUAUCCAAGGAAAUGAAUCAGAUAGAUAUCUUUUUGUUAAUAAGUUGUUUAUCCAACAGUUCUUGUGCAAGGUUUAUUGAAACUUCUGGAUGUAAAUCAUCUGUUUUAAACAGGUAUUACAUUAAAUGUGUUUCCAAAAACAAAAAUUGGUAUUUCUAUUAUAAAAGCAUUAAAAAAAUUCACUCUAUCCUGUAUCUGAUUAGUGCACAACUGUAACAGCAUAUAGCUUUUUUUAAAAUAUAAUUUUCUCUCUUUAUUUAUGAAUGGCUUAAAAAUAAAGAUGGUUUGUGUCAUUCA